AAAGCGUAGUUACGGCACACCUUAGCUGUGUGUAAUCAUGUGAUAAUUAUUGCUUUCUCGGUGGGACAGGAGGCAAUUUGGGGAAAGUGUUGCUUCACGCCUUUUGACUGGCUAUGAACAGUUGGCCUUCCCCAUUUCUUAACCUGUCUGCCUCUUAUUCAUAGGUUCAUGGAUUUAAGAGGGUGUGUGCACCUAUAAGUAAGUGUUGCAUAAUACAGCUGCUUCUUGUUGAUCUAGGAUAUUUCUGAGUGAAUUUUGAUGCUUUCCCAGUCUUUUGCCUGUGAUUUGGACACUUAGAACAUCUGCAAGAGAGGAAAUUGUUCGUAUUUGAAUGGGAAAAGGGACCUGCAAAGUGAGUUUGAAAAAGAAGAAAGAAAAUCAUUGAAGCUGUAGGUCUCUUUAACAUCUUCAGUAGUAUCUGGCGAGAAGAGACAAAGGAGAACAUAACAAGGCCAUGAUGAAGUUGAUAGCUGUCCUUUUGGGUGCUGGUUGUCUCCUGCUUUCAGUUUCAGGAUAUGAUGAUUUUGAUUUAUCUGAUGCUCUUGGGAUGACAGUUACCAAGCGGCCUAAUCCAGCUACCAAAAGACCACCAGUGGGUGGCAACCCCAGGCCCAGUCUAUAUCCUGACCUUCGACCGCAUGGAGGUGGCCAGGGAAGUGAUGGUGGAAACUCUAGACCUAAGCUCUACCCUGAUCUUAGACCGCAUGGUGGUCAUGGAAAUGAUGAUUCAGAUUUUCAUCUAGAGGAUGCCCUUGGUGGUGGAGGGGGCAGUGCUGGAGGUGGCGGCAGCAGCGCCGGUGGCAGCAGCGGUAGCAGUAACAGUGGUGGUCAUGGCAGCAUUGGUGGUCAUGCUUUUAACGACUUGGAUCUCAAUGAUGGGAAACCUCUACCACCAGCAGGCGAGCGACCACAUGUUUCAGAUCAAGGUGGAAAUAAUGUUGAUGCUAGUUCAACAGCUCAGAUUACAUCCCCAGUUGUGGCUGUUGUGGUAUUAUUAGCUGUUGGGGCACUAGCUGGCUAUACUUCUUACAAGCAGAAGCGAUACUGUUUUAAACCAAGAGGUGGAGCAGUUGUCUGAAUCCACAGGAAACUGGGAAAAACUUCAAGAAGAUUAUCCAAGUUGUUGAUGCACUAUGUAUAUGAUUUCUGUGUAUAAAUCAUCUCAUUGAGAUUUUGUGCAAUAUGACCUUUUACCUUAAUAAAAAUAGAAAAAUUAUCUUUCUAGAACUAGAAGUCUAUUAAGGUCUUUAUGAAUGUAACAUAAAUGGUUCUAAUAUACAUGUUUUCUAUGUAAAAACUGUUUUAUACUACAUUUUCUGUUUAUGCACAGAUGGUUGUAAUUUUGGGUGUGGCACAAGAGCCCAUUUGUCAACAAUCAGAAAAACAACAAAAAUGGCAAUAUGUAAAUGCAUAUCUAUCAAUAUACUAGUUUCAUUCAGCAAUUAUUUCACUGAAGUUGCUGUAUCAUUAAAAUGUCAAUGAAUCCCUCCUCAUGCUUACAGCAAAUGGGUAAACUCAUGCCCAAACAGGAAAGCACAAUAGUCCCAUUCCAUAUGUAUGGAGUCUCACCAUGAUACCAUAAACCUUUUUUUUUAAAAUACAGGCUUUCUAAUCACAUACAGUGCCUUGUGUGAAAUGGAAACUUUGUUCCUCUGAGAAUAAUGAAACUGGAGACAUUGGGGGACAGAACUGGCAUGUUUACUUCAUAUGUUGAUACAACAUGCUUUCUAAACUUCUGGAUAAGUAAUCAUAAGGCAUCUGGACCUUGAGCAAAUUUUUUUUGGGACUGUCUUGUCCAUAAAAUUUUAUUUGUGUGCUAAGAUCAAACACAAAUGGAUUGUUUUUGCGGUCCUCCUUCAGAAAUUAGACAGGGUCUUUCAGUUGUGGCUCCAUAAAGCGGGAAUGUCCAGGCCGAUUUCCCAGGUGCUCUCACUGUUAUUUUUCAGGAGCUUAGCAGAGGUUGUUUUAUUUCCUUCUGCUUUUAAUAAAACUGAGAUUUAAGAUUUGUUUUUCUCUUUAAUGGUGUUGGUGUUACGGAUUUAAUCAUGUAUACUCUCAACUUGCUUUGUAGUUUUGAGGUUGAAUUAAAUUAAUGUCUCAUUCAUUAUCCAAUGUAUUAAUAGACUAAAGUAUUAAUAUUGGCAACAAAUUGAUUUAAUUAAAAGGAAUGAGAUUUGCUUUGAAGUAAUGAUCCAAAACCCAUGUGGCAGGCCAGGAUCCAAUGGCUUGCUCAGCCAUGGUGACCUUGGUAAUACACACUUUCUCAGAGGAAGGCAAUGGCAAGCCUCCACUGAGUAAACUGUACCAAUAAAACCCUGUGACUUGAAGAAAUUUACCAAUAAGAAAUCAACUUUAACUGUGUGCAUUUACAUGCAAAACCAGAUGAUCUGAAUGUUAUUUCAGUCCACUGGCAAAAAGCUCACCUCUGAGUCUGAAAGGGUGACCUGUUUUAUUGUGAUUGGCAGAGAUAUCUGUUCAAUGUGAGUCAUCAAAUGUAUUGAGGAUGUUUUACAUAGAUAGCUGCCAUGUCGAAGGAUGUCUGGAUUGGGGGCCAUGACAUUUAAAGGUUAGGUGAUGGUCGAUGGCUUCCACUGUAUUUUAUAAUGAUGUGGGUUUUUUCUUCAAAUACGGAAUGAAGAAUUCAUCUCAGUUUUCUAUGUCUCCAUUUUUAAAAACAAACCAUAAAUUGCCACUGUCAUAUUUGCUAGUAUAUCAGUAACAGGAAGUGGGUAGAAGUCUAGAAAUCUUGGAAUGAACUCAUGUUCCUUUCAAUUUUGAAGAAAGAUUCCAAGUGUACUGGAAAAUAUAUAUUUCUAUGCCACACAUUGAAAUAAAAUGCAAAAAGCC